CUCUCGGUUUUGAGUGAUUGAAAACGAUAAUCAACGUUUUAUUACUUCUAUGGCACUUGUACAAAGUAUUUUAGAUCAGUCAGCUUACUAUAGAAAAUUAAAAAUUGAACUUGAUAGCGAAAAAAAUAUUGAAAAUGAACUUGUACAAGUGAGAGCACAUAGACAAGAAUUAGAAAAUCAGAUUCGUAUCAAGAAAGCUGAAAUUAUCGCUCUGGAAGAGAACUCUAAAAAGGAAUACCGUGAUGUACGAGAUAUGAGACAUUUAUCUAUACGAUCAGCUGCAGCCACAUUAUCAGGCAAAAAAAAAGAAAAGAAGGCCAAAAAAGAAGCCAAAUAUCAAUUAGCCUUUGAAAACGAGCAACGGUCGAAGAGAGAGUUGGACAAAUUAACGGCUAGUUACCAGGCUCUACUUCUGAAAGAAGAAACACUAAGUCGACAAAGAAGUCAAUUCAAGGAUGGUCGAAGCAAAUUUGAAUCACUUUUGGAACAGAUUUUUGUUUCUGAAGAUCCUGAUUUCCCUUCGGAACCACGCUUGAAAGCUGAGUUGGUCAAUUACAAAGAACAGAAAAGAUUGGCAAAUCGUGACAAUGAAAGAUUUCGGGAAGCAGAAAAUGCGCUUGCAAAAGCCUUAGUAGAUGUUAAAAAAGCGAUUAGAUUGAUAGAUGAGGUUGUUCAUUAUGUACCAUUUGAGCUUUUUGCUGGCCCAAUCAUUGAUGAAGAACAAGUAACUUACCUAGAAGCUGCUCGAAAAAGGACAUGGGAAGUCCAACGUUUAUUGAAUAAGGCACGAACAGUUUUACCAGAGAUACCAUACCCGCAAACGUUGGAUGUAGUGACGAAUAAUCCUUUAUUACAAAUGCACUUGAACGCCAACUAUAUAGACAGUGCAUGGAGAGGUAAGAUAAUUCUGGUAGUAUUGACGAAAAAGACCAAGAUUAGCAUUAAGCUCUCUUUUCAUCAAUUUAUAGCCAAAGCUACUCAGUGUUUCGGUUUAUUGGCUACAGUUUAUAAAAAUACGCAGAACUCAAUCAAUUGGGUAAAGCAGUAUAAAGAGUAUGCGCAAGGGGCAUUGAUCCGUUUGGAAAAAGCUGUCGAGGAUGUAAAAAAGUCACUGUUCGCAGAACGACAAAGGAUCAUUGAAACUGUAUUGUAUAAUUAUAAUAAUUUAGAUCAGACAACAGCAGCAAGAGCAGCGGAACCCUCAACCUUGGCUGCUCCUAUACCCGAUAUACUUUCCAGCAGUUAUCAAAAUGAAAUCAGCGACCUACCACCUCCACCUAUGUAUGAAGCUCCCACUGUACCUUCUGAUGGACAGCACCAACAGCACCAGCAGUCAAUAGAUCAUCCAGAACAUCAACAAAAUCAGCAUUUGCCCGUUAUCCCACAAGAUAUGACUCCUCUGUCGUCUUUUUCUAAUCUUUCAAUAAGUGAUCCAAUAGCUGAAACAGCAUCAUCAAGUUUGUCACCAGUGGCAAACCGUCACGAUUACAAUAAUACAAACAGUACUAGACAUAUAUAUAGUCCCGAUACCAAUGUCAGUACUUCAUUUACACUCGAUAAUAUAACUCCUACUAUUCUCUCUACUACUACUUCAACUAAUCUUCCUGAUUCACAGCAUCCGCCGGCAUUUCCGCAACCUCCAACACCGCCUAGCCACUAUGUAAAUCUUGACACAAGUAACAUCAGCAGUAACAACAACGAGCAAUAUGUAUCUCAUAAUAUCAAUAACCCAUUUCGAUCACAGCAAGUAGAACGACAAUAGAUUUUUAAUGAAGUCAAUAAAAAGUUCUAAAAUCCUUCGCUAUCGAAACAGUUUUCAUGAUCAGUCAUUAUGUAUAUAUUGGUUGCUUAUAGGAUAUUGAGCGAAUAUAUCUUGAAGGUGUGUAGUAAUGAAGCAAAUCAGCCACCAACAUAAUAAAGAUUAAUUCAUUGAGCGCCCAAUUGUACGAUUUACAUGAAUAAA